AUGGAGUUUUCUACGACUGACUUGUUUGUGUUGCACACCACUCUUCUCUUGCUGCUUUCUUCUUGUUCUGGUUAUCAAGGGUCUGCAAAUAAUGAUCUCAAGACUCUUGUUUCUUCAUCCGUUCCAUACCCAAUCAAACAAUCCACCAAAUUUGCUGAUCAACAUCCUCUCCUCAAGUAUAGGAUCAAGAUGCAGGUCCCUUCUGGCCCAAACCCUUUACACAACAUAUUGCCACCAAAGGUUGAUGGUGCAAAAAAUUAUCAUAUCUUGAGGGAGAAAAAGUUCGAUGAUCCAGCAAAUCAUCAAAUCUUGAGAGAGGUUCCUUCCGGUUCGAAUCCUUUACAUCACAAUAUUCCCCGGGAGGUUCCUUUGGGUUCGAAUCCUUUACAUCACAACGUUCCCCCGCAGAAAAAGUUCGAUGAUCCAGCAAAUCAUCAAAUCUUGAGGGAGGUUCCUUCGGGUUCAAAUCCUUUACAUCACAACGUUCCCCCGCAGAAAAAGUUAGAUGAUCCAGCAAACUUUUAUCCCACAAGGCUUGUGCCUACUGGCCCAAAUCGGGCAGAGUCUCCUGAGGAACCGCCUUCAAAAGUACUGUCUGCUCCACUUCCGUCACCUUCACCUGCGAAAGCAAAGCCAUGGAGGAAUGCUCCAUUUAUUUAG